AUGGCGAUCACAGCCAGUUCUGAACCCUUGGAGUAUGUUGCCUUCGCUCAGUUACUGGCCAGGUUGUACAACAAAGCGGAUCAUCGCCUCGCGGGAACAUUGAUCUUCCAAAUUCAUAGCAAGGACAGAGUCACCUAUGAGCGUAUUACCACUGAGGGUGAACAGUCAACCUUCGACCUCGAACCCAGUCUGAUUACUGCCUGUGUCGACAGAAUUCAAGGCCUGGUGGAGGAAACAAAACCUAUCAGACUUAGCGGCAAUUUCGAUUCGGAUUCCAACAAAAAGCGGUUUACAUGCUGGUUGGAGUCGAUCGAUUACCACCGCCGCAAAGGAACCUUUACCAUUGGCGUACAAGCAGAGCCUGUAUAUGCCGCCGAGACAUCACCCACGCCUACUCCCUUGUGCAAUUUGGACGGCAAUGGUAUCGUGGCUCAUUAUUGCUGUAACCGUGAAAAAGAAAUUCUGCUUGACCUUAUAUGGCAUCUUCACCAUUCAAUCGCGAACGCUCGCAGCGCAAGGCGGGAUGCUAGAGCUGAUGACCUUGAUGACGAUCUAAAGUACAACCUGAGCAAAGACGGUUUAUGGCCUAACCGAGCUAGAGCAAGGUACCAUAAGCUGGACAGUCCGCUUGCCGACGACUCGCGAAUCGUCCCAUAUCUUUUUGAACUACAGCGAUCGAUGAGGCGGUCAUCGCCAGAGCCGCUCGGUCAACUCACGCUCAGCAACGCAUUUUCGAAUUUCACGGUAAAACUCAGCCACCAUCAAACGUGGGCAAUUUUUGAUCCCGAUGUAAUGGGAAAUCGUGACUUGCGUUUCGAAACCUUGCCGUGCCAUAAGCCUCCGCGAAUGGGAAAUCGUGCUCGAUACACGAUAGCCUUCGGGUUGGAGUUUCAACGGCAGCCAAGGGAAAUCAUCUGUCUGAAAGAAGGCGUGUGCGUAGGCCAGCGGCUGGCAUCCAAUCACUUCAGAUCGCGCUCCACGCUCGAGUUCUGGGCCCUACGAGGUGAUGGUCUGCUUUAUUUUUUGCUGGAAGAGUCUGUUGGGCAGAAUCUGACAUGA